UGUGGACGGCGCCUUAACGUCCCUUCCUCCAGUGUCUCCCCCAAACAAGCAGCCAUGCCCAAGGAGACGUUCCGCAAGGUAGUCCAGAUCGGGCGGGUGAUCUACCUCAAUGAAGGGCCCUACCGUGGUAAGCUGGCCGUCAUUGUGGACAUCAUUGACUGCAACAAGGCCCUGAUCGAUGGACCAUGCACAGGUGUCCCCCGCCAGGCAUUCAAGUUCUCCGAGAUGCUCCUGACGAAGUAUUUGCUUAAGAUCAACCGCAGCCAGAGGUCCAAGAUUCUACGUGGCGUGUGGGAAGAGGCAAAGAUUGACGAGAAGUUUGCCGAGUCCAGGUGGAACAAGAACCUGGAGAAGGAUGUCGUGCGUUCCAACAUGACAGACUUUGACCGGUACAAGCUGGGCCGCGCCAGGCAGAGCCGUAACAAGAUCCUCAACCGCGUCCACUUCCACAUCAGGAAACAGCACUUCAAGUCCCUCAGGGUAGCCAAACUUAAGAAGGCUGCCAAGAAGUAAAAAAUAUCUUGCUGGAUGAGCUAAAUAAACUUGUUGGGUGUAA